AUGUCUUCCAAAUUCUUUAGAGUUGUUCAUCAGUCCACCAAAAGCAGAGCUCGUGUUGGUGAAAUCAUUACUGCUCACGGAAUUAUCGAAACACCAAAUUUUGUACCUGUCGGAACUAAUGGAACGCUCAAAGGCAUUGAUAAUUUUACUUCUACAAAUGUAUUGGAUGUUCAACUCAUGUUUUGCAACACGUAUCAUUUGAUGAUAUACCCUGGAAUUGAUGCUAUAGAAAAUGCAGGUGGAUUACACAAAUUCAUUUCUAGAGACAAGCCUAUCAUUACAGACUCGGGUGGAUUUCAAGUAUUCUCUCUUCAAACAGUGUAUUCAGAAAACCCUCAAGAGUCCAACGAAAAUCAAAAAAUUGAACUCAAAGGUCAAUCCAAAAACAAAAGUUACACAGAAAGUCUUGUAAAAAAAGUAACAGAAGAUGGAGUGACUUUUCGAUCUUAUCGAGAUGGUAAACAUUUGAAAUUAACUCCUGAAGAGAGUGUCACAGCUCAACAUCGAAUGGGCUCAGAUAUUAUCAUUCCUUUUGAUGAGUUACUUCCAGAACAUGUUCCAAUGAGUGUUGUGGAAGAAUCAUUGGAGAGGACUCAUCGAUGGGAAUUACGUUCUUUGGAGUGUCACAAAAAGCUAUCACGAACGAACAACAAAAAUCAACACAUGUAUUGUGUGUUGCAUGGUGGAACCAAUUUUGAAUUAAGGAAAAAAUCGAUGGAUGUCUUAUUGGAUGAAUCAUGUUUCCAAUAUAGAGAUUCUGAAGAUGGAUUACCAAAUGGUUUUGAAGGUAUUGCAAUUGGUGGAAGUUUGGGAUCCAACCGUUCAGAAAUGCUUCAUGUUCUACAAUUUACGUACGAUUACAUGGAUAAGAAGAUACCUACAGGAUGUGCAGUUCCAAAUCAUAUCUUAGGAAUUGGUGAUAUUGAAUCUAUUAAUUCGUUUAUAGACAUUGGGUUUGAUACUUGUGAUUCAGCGUAUCCGACACGAUUUGCACGCCACGGAAAUUUCAUUGUUAAUGCUGCUUCAGGAUUCCUUCAUCGUUUUCAAUUAGGAAUUCCAACAAUUUGA